ACAUCAUUCACAAGUGAAUGACUUCGAGGGGGAAAUAGUGUAAGGAUAGGUCCGAGGUUAAGGACCUCGGACGUACUGCUACAUUUCCUUAAUAACCAAAAUAACUCGUAAGUUCAGUUCUUCUCGAUUAUACAGUUGCACGAUAGCUACAAUAGGCAUGUUUGUGCCCAAUCCUUUAUUCCCAAGAUCAUUGCCUGAAUGCACACAUCAGGCUCCAAUUAUCUCGUUAAGUAGAUCACAUGGAUACCUCAUUAAGGCCUAUAAAUACCCCUAGGGCCACCUCAAAAAGGUAAUUGAAACCGACCUAAAACUUUUUUUUUCCACAAUUCUUAAAGAUAGACUAGACUAUUGCUUACUUUAGCAUUGGAGUGUCUACCCUGAUGAUCCGCCUUAGGGCUUUGCAGGUCAUCCGAAGAGAAGACUUGGAGUGGAAUGAGUUACUUGGCUUGUUGCAAUUACAAACAUAAACAUCAUAAAAACAUAUAAACAGAUAUAGGAAGACAAAAGAAACAAGCACAACGAAGCUUUCUGGGUAACAUAUCGAAGUCCGAUUCGGGAAAUCCCACCCAUGGGAUCAAGCCCAGAUCAUCCCCUUCAUUGCCUCCCAAAAAGACUCCUCUGUUGUAGGAAAAUACCUAAGGCGAACCCAGAAAAUGUUUCCUUUUUUAUUUUUAAGCCGUUGUUGCACUCUCCCAAAUCUUCACUCUUGAACCAGCCUUUCAACACCAGCGAUGGAGGCUGAGCUCUCGACAACCAACCUCAAAAAAAAAAAAAAAAGCAG